AUGGCUCCAGGACUGCAGCUCUUCAGUGACAUUGCCGACGACGGCACGCCCCGGCUCGACGCCGCCUCCGGCGAGGAGCUGGUCCGCAUGGACCGCGCCGUCGCUGUCGCCCUUGGCCCCCGUUCGCCGGAGUCCCCGGGGACUCUGUUCGUCACCACCAGGAGGGUGAUUUGGCUUAGCGAGGCGGAGAAGGGCAAGGGCUACGCGGUGGACUUCCUCGACAUCACGCUUCACGCCGUGUCGCGCUACCUGGAGGCGUAUCCCUCGCCCUGCAUCUACACGCAGAUUGAGGCAGCAGUUGGUACAGAUGAGGAGGCUGGUGAAUCAAAUCCUGAAGCAAAUGGACUAGAGCUAUCUAGAGUAUCUGAAAUGCGGCUCAUACUAGCGGACCCUGGUCAAUUGGAUGCACUUUUCGAUGUCUUCUGUCAUUGUGCUGAACUGAAUCCUGGCCCUAAUGCUGAGCGCGAUGAGGAGAAUGGUUGGUUCCAUGGUGAAGAUAUGUCUGAUGGUGGCUGGGUUCAUGAUGAUGAGGACAUGGUUGAUGAAAAUGGCCCCCAGUUUUUCAGUGCUAAUCCGAUAGGUCAAAAUGGUGGACAUGACCUCAUUCGUUCAGUAAUUGAGCUUCAAAUCAACGACCAGCGUUUUGAGGAUGCAGAGGAGGAACAGGAGAGCCAUGAAAAUGGACAUUAG